AUGCCACGCCUCAACUCCUUCCUCAAAGCCGCUCUCUCAACUCUUUGCCUGUCGCAAGUGACGAAAGCCCAGCCCGACGCUACUGUGCAGCUCGACAACGCGACGGUUAUAGGUGUCCCCAACGUCAACUUCGUCACCUUCUUUGGCAUUCCUUUCGCUCUACCACCUGUUGGAGAUCUCCGGCUUCAGAUUCCCUGGCCGAAUGCACCAUACACGGGCACAAUCAACGCGACCUCGCCAGGCACGCAGUGCUGGCAGAAGAUGACCACGCCCCCAAAGCUCCCGCCUUCCGCUCCACCUGCUGUCGGCGUGUUCUUGCAGGAGAUCACGACAACGAGCUCACAAGUGCAGAGCGAAGAUUGUGAGCUUGAACUUGAACGUGAUCAUCCCUGUGGGGCGAAGGAAGGAGACAACCUCCCUGUCGCAGCGUGGAUCUUUGGAGGAGGAAACGAGUUCGGAUCGAAUCUGCAGGUGCCUGGCGAAAACGUCGUCAACCGGUCUGUGUUGAUAGAGAAGCCUAUCAUAUUCGUAUCCAUGAACUAUCGCCUCAACGGGUUUGGGUUCCUCGGAGGACGAGAGGUUCAGGAGGCGGGUGUCGGCAAUCUAGGUCUUCACGAUCAGCGCGAGGCUUUGCGCUGGAUUCAGAAGUACAUCCGGAAGUUCGGGGGUGACCCCACAAAGGUCACCAUCUGGGGCGAGAGCGCGGGUGGAGAAGGUGUCGCCAUGCAGAUGCUCGCAAACGACGGCGACUCCGAAGGCCUCUUCCGUGGCGCAUGGAUGGAGUCUGGAUCCACAACGUUUACAGGCGACUUCGCUCAAGAUCUGCAGCCCAACUUCGACACCAUUGUUCAAAACACCGGAUGUGCCAAUCAGAUGAACAAGCUCAUGUGCUUGAGAAGUGUCGACGUCAACACGCUGGUGCAAGCAAUUAGCGACACGGAGGGUUUCUUGAGUUUCUCGGCUAUCGCCUCUCCCUACGCCGCUGUGCGUGCAGACGGAAAAUUCGUCAAGAAGCCUCCCCAGAAACUCGUCCUUUCUGGGAGCAUCGCGAACGUCCCCUUCGUGCUCGGCUCAAACCAAGACGAAGGGACACUCUUCUCUGUCUCUUCGCUCAACCUCACCACCGAGGCUCAGGCGCAGGCGUACAUCCACGGCAACUACUACUCCAAAAUCCCCCAGGCGAAGAUAGCCGAGCUCUUCAGACUCUACCCCGCCGACCCCGCCGCGGGCUCGCCGUUCAGGACGGGCCACAACUUCACGAUCACGCCCGUAUACAAACAGAUAUCCGCCUUCCAAGGUGAUCUCCUCGUCAACAGCCCGCGCCGGUUCCUGCUCAACCGGCGUGGGGAGAAGCAGGGCGCGUGGACGUUUUUGAGCGAGCGCAGCAAGAUCCCCGGUCUCGGCGCGGCGCACACUACGGAGGUGCCGAUCAUCUACGGCGGCGGCGACCUCACGGAUUACCUGAUCCGCUUCGUCAAUGACCUCGACCCAAACGGGGCGGAGAACAGCAGCGCGAUGUACUGGCCGAAGUGGACGAAGCACGAGCGGAGCUCACUCACGCUUCUCGACGGUAAUGUGACGCUGGUGGUGCAGCUGGACACGUUCAGGGAGGAGGCGAUCGAGCUCGUGACCGAGUUGAGCUUCACGCAGAAUGCGUGA